UUCAGCUUGCAGGCCUGCCUAACACUCACCUGAGGCAAGGCUCACCAGUGUAUUACCCACCAACUCUCCCUCCUCUUUCAGAUUAAAAAUUGUAUCUAGCUGCAGCUUCGGCACAAGGAUUGACGACUCGAACACCCGCGAAACAAGCACGAAAUGGGUUUGGCAUCGAAGAUGGCGGCAGCAAAUGCUGCAGCAGGAUACCCUCCCCAGGGCGGCGCUCCCCAAGGCGGCGCUCCCCAAGGCGGACAGGGUGGCUAUCCCGGCCAGCAACAGUACCAAGCGUAUCCAGGGCAGCAGGGUGCCGCUCCUCCCGGCCAAGGACCACAUCAGGGUCAACAGUAUGGCGGCCCACCUCCGCUAGCUCAGGCUCAAGGUAGUCCCGCAGAGGUUCAGGCCUACAAACAGCUGCUUCAGGACUGCAUCCAGGAGAAGGGACUACAGACAUUCUACCCUCAGGGCACACCAGUCCUUGAUCAGAUUGCACAGCAGGCGGCAGGAAAGGUCAACCAGGUCAUCCAGCGCUGGCGCGUGCAGAAGGAGAUUGCCAACGACAUCGUGAAGCUUGCUCUGUACGAUAUCGUGCUGUACAUCGAUGACAGUGGAUCCAUGCAGUUCGAGGAGGAAGGCUCGCGUAUCAAGGACCUGCGCCUUAUCCUGGAGCGCGUCUCGUUCGCCGCUACUCUCUUCGACGCCGAUGGCAUUUCGAUCCGAUUCAUGAACACCGAUCUCUCUGGCAUGCGUGACCAGCAAGGCCGCCCUCUCCAGGACGGUGUCGCCACCGAGGCCCAGAUCGAGACCGUUAUGAGUGGUGUUCAGUUUAAAGGUCUCACUCCUAUGGGUACUUCGCUUCGCAAGAAGGUCAUUGAUGAGAUCGUUCUGCAAAAGGCUCAGCAAGGUCAGCUCAAGAAACCCGUUCUUGUCAUUGCCAUCACAGACGGUCAGCCCGCUGGCGAGCCCCAGAAUGCUGUCUUUGAUACCAUCAGAUAUGCAUUCGACACUUUGCAGCAGAGGUUCCCUCAGUACGGCCGCGGCGGUGUUGCUUUCGAAUUUGCCCAGGUCGGUAACGAUGAGAUGGCAAAGAAAUUCCUCGGCAAGUUGGAUGAGGACCCACAGAUUGGUGCUAUGGUCGACUGCACAUCCAACUUCGAGAACGAGCAGGAAGAGAUGUCACGCGCCAACCCUCCUGUAGACCUGACGCCCGACCUAUGGAUCAUCAAGCUCCUUCUCGGCGCCAUCGACCGCUCAUACGACUCUAAAGACGAGAAGACCAACCCUGCGCCAGGCGGCUAUGGCGGCGCCCCAGGCGGCGGCUAUGGCGGUCCUCAGCAGGGUUACGGCGGCCCACCACAGGGCGGCCAGUACGGCGGUCCUCCACCAGGCCAGUACGGCGCACCCCAGGGUCAGCAGCAGUACGGACAGCCGCCACAGCAGGGCUACGGACAGCCGCCUGGUGGCUACCCGCCUCAGGGCCAGCAGUACGGUCAGCAACAGCGCCCUCCUCAGGGAGGCGCGGGAGGUUACUCGGGCCAUCAGCAAUAUGGCGCGCCGCCUGCUCAGGGCUACCCUGGUGGUCCCGGCCGUUAAGCCGGUCUAAUUGUUCAGUCUGCUCAGCUGGAGAGGUUCGGAUGGGAUGUGCUGAUUGGAAUUCUGCGAUCGAGCCGCACUACAGGAUGUGGCAUUGGGACUUAGGCGUAGAUGUUAACGGCAUCGGUAGUUAGACUGGAUAAUCCAGUUAGUACUUCGACAGUCGGAUGAAUGAAACAAGACAGGGUAGCGCAUGCACAAUUAGUGGCGACCCUUUCUAGCAAGACGAGGAAGGACUUGCAUGGUCCAUCACAACGAUCCUAUC